GCAGAGAGAAGUUUGUUCGGUGUCAGGGUGAUCAGACAGCCGCUGACUGCUCACAUCUGUCGGCAUGAUCUUCCUAACGUUGAUCGCUCGGGUAGCGGACGGACUGCCGCUGGCUGCGUCCAUUCAAGAAGAUGAACAGUCAGGAAUGGACCUUCAGCAGUACCAGAGUCAGGCCAAGCGGCUGCUCCGUAAACUGAACGCCCAGAGUCCGGACCGCUGCAUGCUGGAGGCUGGGAACAUGAACUUCUAUUAUUUCAUAGCCCAGGGUGUGUGCUGCCUGUGUCUCUGUGAAGCCUCUUUUCCUAAAAAGAUGGCUUUUGGGUACCUAGAGGACCUCCACAAUGAAUUCUACGAGCAGUAUGGAAGAAGAGUACCCACCGUGACGAGGCCAUACUCCUUCAUAGAGUUUGAUACAUACAUCCAAAAAACAAACAAGUCUUACGUUGACAGCAGAGCUCGGAGGCACCUGAGCAACAUCAACACAGAGCUACAGGAUGUCCAGAGAAUCAUGGUGGCAAAUAUUGAGGAAGUUCUACAAAGAGGAGAAGCUCUUUCUGCUCUAGAUACUAAAGCCACCAAUCUCACCAGCCUGGCCAAGAACUACCGCAACGACGCCAAAAUCCUCAACACCCGUUCCACCUAUGCUAAAGCGGCUGCUGUGGCUGUGUUCUUCAUCACGCUCAUCAUCUAUGCACGGUUUUGGUGGCUUUGAUAAAUAAGCAAAGACUCUGAAAGGUGGAAGGCUUCCUUAUUCUCAGAUAAUUUAAACCAACCCUGUUCCAUCUGUAGAGGUCUUUAACCAUGUCGCUGUGGCGCAGGACAACUUCCGUUCUUUGCUGUAGCUUUAGGUUUUGUUCUGUGUUUUAUUCAAACUGAGCUGUAGGUCUGUAGUUUGACUUUCCUUUGUAUGUAGGGAAAUAUUCUACAGUGAGUUCUUGUGGCUGUUACAGAGGGAAAUGUUUGCACACUGAGGUUGGAGCUUCUUUGAGUUUAAAAAUAGAAAAUUGAAUGAGAAGGUUCCAGACAAUAUCUUGACACUGUGAGGAAAAACUGUCUUUAUUGUUUACAGAGUUGUACAAAUGCUAAUGAAAAAUAAAGAUUUAAAAACUGUCA